GGCAUUUUAUUAAAAAAUCCAAAAUCAAAUGAAACUUUAACCAAAAAUUGGCUUUAUCUUGUCAUGUCAUGUCACCCUUGUCAAAUUGUAUAUCCACUUCACAAUUUCUCAGUUGGUCUGUGCCCAUUGAAUUGGCAAGUACCUAGUAUCUUCGAGCAGGGAACCAUGGCACCCUUUUAGCAUGUGUUCCACUUUAUCCAUUAACAUCGACUUGUAGUCAUAACAUUUUAACAUAUUACAUUAUGUAAACCAUAUAUGAUGAUGUUAACACUAUUUACGGUGUGCUAGUUUCAAAAUACUCGGUAGGAUGUAAGUAUUCCCACAUUUUUCAUUUUAACAGUCACAUUUUAAACCUUUUGCUUUAAUCUAACGUGGAAAUACUUCAUUCUAGGCACUGAAGAUGUUCUGUUUAGAACGAAAACGUUCUGCAUUCGAUGACAUUUUAUAGUUUUUAAAUAAACGAUUUUAUACCAGAAUACAUCUCGAAGUUUUUACUUCUGUAUUGGUUUUUUAAACUAUGGUAUACAGCCAACUAUUGGGAUUUUCCCAUUGAUUUUUUAUUAAUGACAGUAUGGUCAAUUUGGCUCUUCAGUAUUUGCGACUAGCAACACGACGAAACAACUUGAAACUCGAUAUAUGGUUUAUUCAACAGUGUCUCAAAUUCAAAGUUUUUCCAACUUUUAGUAUAGUCAGGACAUCAAAAAAUGUACCACCCAACAUCAGGACUUCACUACAGAUAAAACUUAUGAAAAAAGAGAUAUGUUCACAUUAUAGUAAACUUAAUUACAUCAAUUGUAAGCUUAAGUAUAGUCAGGACAUCAAAAAAUGUACCACCCAACAUCAGGACUUCACUACAGAUAAAACUUAUGAAAAAAGAGAUAUGUUCACAUUAUAGUAAACUUAAUUACAUCAAUUGUAAGCUUAAGGUAAUGUAUGAUUCUUUGCUCGAUAUUAUAGGAUUCAUUAACUUCAAUAAUUUUUUGACAGAUGUGCAUGACAAGGUAGAUGCUUCUAACACAAUUAAAUUCAAUAGAGUACAUAACAAGCUUAUUAAUCUCAUUAGAGACAAAACUGUAUAUGAUCAAGCCUCUCAGGAUAGAAAUAACAAUAAAAAGUUUUCAGAUUUUCAAUUCCAUCCUAGAAUAAAG